GUUCUGGGCCGGGGAGUCUGGGAAAUAUAGUCGUAGGAUCCCGCGACUGAGGGGCCGUGAGGGGGCGGGGAAGUGAACGAGGCUGGCUGGCUUGUUGGUUUCCUGCAGCUCCCCUCACGCAGCGGGGUUGUGUCCCAGGCGCUCCCCUCCUACUCAGGGGACUGACCUCAUCCCCGGCUAACCGGCCGGUCCUUAUUGCCUUCGAGCCCCUCGCCCGAGUUAGGCCCGCCACUGGAGGCUUCGCGGUGAGGGGGGGGGGGGGGAACUUUGUGUUUCACCCCGGGGUCUGGUCUCCUCGGGCGGGAGUCCCGCAUGCGUGUUAGGGGUCGUGUGGCUAUUUGAUCGUCAGCUCCUUUGCUUAAAGUAGUGCUAUUUGCCGUGCGGAGACUACCAAGACUGGAGCUUCUCCCUUAAAUCAGCUUCUUGCUUCCGUAGAAGUGUUAAAGUCUGUUCUUGUUUGGGAAGAAUACCCCGACCAUAGGAUCAAGGAAGAUUUAAAGGGCCAGGCUGAUUGUUUCCUUAAUGCAGGUCUCCGGAGGUGGCUCUGGUCAAUGCAGAGCCACGAAGCGAUUGGCUUGCUUGUCUCAGCCUCCCUUUGUCUAGUCUCAUCCUCCCAGUUUACCCAAGAGCCAUGUCCAGGCCCUCCCUCAUCACCUUCACCCCGGCCACCAGUGCCAGUGACCUCUGGAAAGAUGGACAGCAGCAGUCACAGCCUGAAGAGCUGGAGCCCACCCUGGAUGGGGCUGCAGCCCGGGCGUUCUAUGAGGCCCUGAUUGGCGACGAAAGCAGUGCCCCUGAAUCCCAGAGAUCUCAGCCUGAACCUGCCAGUAAGAGAAAGAGGAAAAAGAGAAGAAUAAUGAGGGAAGCUGCUGCAGGAACCUCAGGAGGACAUGGACAAAGGAGAUCCCUUGAGGCGGAGGACAAAAUGACCCAGUGGAUACUGAGGGCAGCCCAAGAGGGUGACCUAGCAGAACUAAGAAGGCUGUUGGAUCCCCGUGAGGCAGGGGGAGCUGGGGGCAACAUCAAUGCUCGGGAUGCCUUCUGGUGGACCCCCUUGAUGUGUGCUGCUCGAGCAGGCCAGGGAGCUGCUGUGCGCUAUCUCCUGGGCCGUGGAGCUGCCUGGGUAGGGGUCUGUGAGCUGGGUGGCAAGGAUGCUGCUCAGCUGGCUGAAGAAGCAGGCUUCCCUGAGGUGGCCCGCAUGGUCAGAGAGAGCCAUGGAGAGACAAGGAGUCCAGAGAACCGGUCACAAUCACCCUCCCCCCGGUACUGUGAGACCUGCGAUGCCCACUUCCAAGACUCUAACCAUUGUACAUCCACUGCUCACCUGCUGUCACUGUCCCGCGAUCUCAGGUCCCCCAACCUGCCCCUUGGGGUGCCCACCUCCAGCCCAGGCUUCAAGCUGCUGCUGAGGGGAGGCUGGGAGCCUGGAAUGGGGCUGGGACCCCGGGGUGAGGGCCGCACCAACCCCAUCCCCACUGUCCUCAAGAGGGACCAAGAAGGACUAGGCUACAGAUCAGUGCCCCAACCCCGAGUCACACACUUCCUGGCUCGGGAUACUCGGGCUGUGGCUGGGAGGGAGAGGACCCCUCGGGUGACCACACUGAGCCGCAGGGAGGAAAGAAAGCAGAAGGAGAAGGACAGGGCCUGGGAGCGGGACCUAAGGACAUACAUGAACCUUGAGUUGUGACCUUGGUAAGGUCUGAUCAUGGUCUAUUGCUAAGUCUGAACUUGGACAUACGCACUUUGGCUUUUACUUCCUGGGGUCUGCCCAGUUUCUAGAUCCUCAGGUUUUCUUUAGUGGGCUCUGCCUUUGGGAGAGAGGGGCUGAGCAUUGAAAAAUAAAUCAAUCUUCUCCCUC